UUUAACAUUCACCCAGAAGGAAGCCACUUCUAUGGUAAACAAAAGACGAUCUCAGCGUAAAUUCAAUAAACAAAACUUAUCUUGGUCGAAAAGGAGCAAGUAGGGGACCAGCAAAAUGGCCACGCUGUGUCGCACUUGUGGCCAGGAGGCAGAGCAUGCCCAGUCGCUCUUCGACAAGAAGAGCAGCGACGUCCUGUACAACAUCCUCAAGUUGACAGGAUUAUGGUUAAGUGAAAAGCCCGAUGUACCCUCAAGGAUUUGUUUGUCCUGCCUGCUUGAUCUAAAGGAAGCCAUUGCCUUCCGGGAGCGCUGCAUUAAAACCAACAGCUCUUGGUUCAAUGAGCAGGAGGAGGAUCAAAAUGCCCUCCAUUUGGAAAUUUUUCCUGUUAGUACCUUAGAGCCAAAGAUGAUCCCUUCGCAACGUCAUGUCCCACAUCAACAAACCAGCAAACCAGAUGAGAGGUCUUCCAAGGCAAUCGAUGAUCCCAUUUGUCCUUUGAUCAUACCAGACGUAUCUUUAGGUGAACUCAUGGAUCCCCUAAGGUGUGAAAUUAUUCCAGUGAAGAACGAACCCCUGUAUUUGGAUGAGGAGGCAGAGCAAAUAAGAGACCCAGAAACAGUAGAUGAGGAGAAAAACCAAGAAGACACAGAUAGGACUUCUGAAAAGCAACUAAUUGCAGAUGAUGAUUCUAGUAAGCAUUCUAGUAAUCAUGAAGUUACAAAGAGAAAUCAUUCCUUAACAAUUAAAAAACGAGGUAGGCCAUGUAAAGCCCAAAAGACAAAGUCCACAAAGUCUUUAAAAGAUAUAACUAUCGAGGAACAGUUUGAUUCGCCUACAGUGAAACGAAAUAGGACCACCGAAGAAAAAUACGCCGUUCGGAGAAAAUGGGCUGCGGUGCAAAGAGCUCGUGCAAAGGAGCUUCGACUCUUUUUUUGUGAUCAGUGCGGUAAAACCUUUGCAGAGAAAUGCAACUUUAACGUCCACCUUACGCGGCAUAAGGGCACUAAGGAGUUUCAGUGCCAGGAGUGCGAUCGCAGGGAGUUCACCCAGCACCUGCUCAAUUUGCACGUGCGAAUCAAGCACCGCGGGGAACUACCUUACGUCUGCAAGUACUGCGGCCAGCGCUUUGACAACUGCCUCAAGCGCUUGUUUCACGAGCGCAACCACAAAGAGAGCCCUGUCCACCGGCCGCACGUGUGCCCCGUCUGCAAGAAGACCUUUAAAAAUAAACAGGGUCUUAAAAACCACAGCGUGGUGCACACGGGCGAACAACCGUUUAAGUGCGAGCUUUGUCAGUCGCAUUUUAAUCGAAGAAACAGCCUGCAGACACACUUCAAAUCGAAGCAGCAUCGGCUGAGAGCUGAGGAGCAGGCGAAGAUAGACAACGGAGAGAAGUCUUAGCUAAAGGGUGGGUUUAGCUGAUGUUUAUAUGAUAAGUUUGUUAAAAAGUUGUCUGUGAUCUAUGCUUUUAAAAGCUAUUGUAAUGAUUUACGUUUUUCCUUAACCACUUUUGUGCAUAUUUUUUCAUAUAAAACAAACAUGAAAUAUUAAAACGUGCGCGCCAUAUGAACAAACAAGCUUUUGUUGU